AUGCAAAACGAGCCAGUUGUUGUAGAUUCAGAUGAUGAACCUGUGAUUGAACUGAGAUCGCCAAAUUCUCCUUCCAUUGUUCAGCUUCAGGGUUUACCAGAUGAACAUGUAUUGAAGUACAGCUCCAAUGUACAUGAUACUAAUGAGCCAGUUGUUGUAGAUUCAGAUGAUGGCCCGGUGAUUGAACUGAGAUCGCCAAAAUCUCCUUCCAUUGCUCAGCUUCAGGGUUUACCAGAUGAACAUGUAUUGAAGUACAGCUCCAAUGUACAUGAUACUAAUGAGCCAGUUGUUGUUGAUUCAGAUGAUGAACCUGUGAUUGAACUGAGAUCAUCAAAAUCUCCUUCCAUUGUUCAGCUUCAGGGUUUACCAGAUGAACAUAUAUUGAUGCACAGCUCCAAUGUACAUGAUUCUAAUGAGCCAGUUGUAGAUUUAGAUGAUGACCCUGUGAUUGUACUGAGAUUGCCAAAAUAUCCUUCAAUUGUUCAGCUUCAGGGUUUACCAGAUGAACAUGUCUUGAAGUACAGCUCCAAUGUACAUGAUACUAAUGAGCCAGUUGUAGAUUCAGAUGAUGACCCUGUGAUUGAACUGAGAUCGCCAAAAUCUCCUUCCAUUGUUCAGCUUCAGGGUUUACCAGAUGAACGUGUAUUGAAAUACAGCUCCAAUGUACAUGAUACUGAAGCUUUGGUAGUCGUUAUCCCUGAUCAUAUCAUAUACAGGAAGCUUUGGUCCACAAGUUCCUGUUUGUCAUUUUCUCCCAAAUGCAUUAAGCUUGAGGGUUUACCCAAUUCUGAGACAAUGCCUUCGACAUUUAAGUGGAAGGUUUCUGCUGUUGUUGACAUUCAGUCUGUGUGGAUUGAUAGCAUAAAAACAGCUGAUGUGACAAUUCGCCUGAUAGCGAAGACACGGAGAAGUAGAGUUGUUAGGAUCUUGCGCUUUGCUGUUUCUGAUCCUGAUUGGUCUGACAAACAAGAAGCAAUUCAAUCACUAGACUUCAGAUAUAAGGACAGAUGGAGAACUGCUGGAUGAGUUACUUUUAAAUGCUUUACAAAAUAUUUUAUUUUCGGGGUAGAGACCGUUGGGAGUGAACUAUUUUUGGAGCAGGAAAGGUCUUCUCCUUCAAGCACUUCUUUUCCCAUGUAAAUAAAAGGCCAAUUACCUAGUUUGUGUACCUCUCUUGUGAUUUGAGAAUUAAAUUGAAUUCAGCUAUGAUUUGAUGUUAUAGCUGUUAAGGGUGAUUAUUGGUCACUGGUAAUAUGCAACAUACCAGAAGAUUGAGAAUUUGUGAGUUUGGUCUAUUUCUUAGGGCCAACAAGCAAACAAUCAUGAUGCUUCCUUGUAGCUCUUGGCAAAGUUAUUU